GAGCGUUCCCUCUCUCCGCUGUGGGUUAGGGUUAGGGUUCGUCGUCGCUUACGCUCCGGAAUCGAACCGCCGCCUCUGACAGCUGGAACUAAAUCAACCCCGGGGUCGCAGCGCCAUGGACGGCAGUAAACCCCGCACGGACCAGAUCAAGACGGACCCGGACCUGGAGCUGAAGGUCGGAUUCAUCGGAGCAGGAAACAUGGCCUUCGGCAUCGUCAAGGGCGUCCUGGCAGGGAACAUUCUUCCUGGGAACGUUAAAGUCAGCGCGCCGUCGUCCAGGAAUCUGGCUCGUUUCCAGGAGCUGGGCGUGGCCGUGACCCACUCCAACCAGGACGUGGUCUCCGGGUCAGACCUGGUGUUCGUGGCGGUGAAGCCUCACCUGGUUCCGCUGGUUCUGAACGAGGUGUCGGGUCUCGUCACCAACAGACACGUGCUGGUGUCGGUGGCCGCCGGGGUGACGCUGGCGGCGCUGGAGGAGCUGCUCCCGGAGACGGCCGUGGUGCUGCGGCUGAUGCCCAACCUGCCGUGCGUGGUCCAGGAGGGGGCGCUGCUGUUCUGCCGGGGGUCCCGGGCCCCGCCGGAGGCCGGGUCCCUGCUGCGCUCGCUGCUGCGCUGCUGCGGCCUGGUGGAGGAGGGACCGGAGUCCUGGCUGGACGUCCACACGGGGCUGAGCGGCAGCGGCGUGGCCUUCGUUUACCUGUUUGCCGAGGCGUUGGCUGAAGGAGCCGUGAAGAUGGGGAUGCCGAGCGCGUUGGCCAGCAGCAUCGCCGCCCAGACUGUUCUGGGAGCCGGGACGCUGCUGAGGGAUUCUGGGAAACAUCCGGCUCAGCUCCGGUCGGAGGUUUGCACGCCGGGCGGGACGACCAUCUACGGGCUGCACGCGCUGGAGCAGGGCGGCGUCCGGGCGGCGGUUAUGAGCGCCGUGGAGGCGGCUACGGAGCGGGCCCGGGAGCUGGGGGCCCGGGGGGCCCCAGGGGGGGCCCGGGGGGGCCGGGGGCGGCCAUGAGCGCCGUGGAGGCGGCUACGGAGAGGGCCCGGGAGCUGGGCCGGCGCGGCGGCCCCUGCGGCCCCCCGGCCUCCAGGAAGUGACGGCUGCAGCCGCACAACGAACUCUAACUGAAGAAGAAGCCUGACGUCAGACUGUCCUCGGCGUGAAACUGCAGGACAAGAAAAAAGACACGAACUACGGAAUAUUAGGAGUAUCAGGGCCAAGCAGGAGAAAAAUAUCUGAGCGGGGAAGUUUUUUUUUUUAUUGUGCACUUUGAGAAAAAAGUCGAAAUGUUGAGAAAAAAGUCAAGAUUUUGGGAAUAAAGUCAAAAUUUCGAGAAAAAAGUCGAAAUGUCGAGAAUAAUGUUGAAUUACAAUUUCAAGAAAUAAGUUGAAAUGUAUUUCAACAUUAAUCUCGAAAUUUCGACUUUAUUCCCAAAAUUUCGACUUUUUUCUCAAAAUUGUAUUUCAACAUUAAUCUUGACAUUUACACUUUAUUCUCGACAUUUCGACUUUUUUCUCGACAUUCUUUUCUCACAGUGCACAAUAAAAAAAAAAUCCCCCCUCAAAUAUUUUUCUCCUGCAGGCCCUGAUAAUCUUCCGUGCACAAACACUUGUUUUCUAUCUUAAUUAUUUUUCCAAUAAGUGCGGUUUACAUGAGUCUUUUCACGGUUUGAUGUAAUUGAACUGUAAGUUUCUGUUUCAUCUGGAGUUGAUCAGAAAACCUUCGGCCUGAUCGUCACGCACUAAUAAUCCAGUCUCUUCAUUUAAGACGGUAAUUCAGGUAAAGCAGAACCAGGAAGUGGAACCAACACUAGUGGAUUAUUAGAUUUAAAGAUCCUGAUUUACCUGAAAAACUUCCAGCAGUUCUCGGUUCUAACGUCUCCCUGGGGUUUUACUGGAUCUUUACGUGCGUGUAAAGCAGAGCUUGAAGUCGGACUACGUGUCUAAAGUAUGAACAUAAUUGUGUAAUAAGAGUAUAUUUUAUUUAGAUGAAGCUUAAACGUAAGUUUAUGAGUGAUUACAGUCGUUCUGCUGUCAUGUCUUCAUUUCUGUCCCAAGUGUUCACUGCUGAAUUUGUACGACACAAAUACAGAGUUUCUGCCGCCGAGCGUCUGGGAUUCAUUCAUUCAUUCAUUCAUGCAUUCAUGCAUUCAUUCAUUCAUUCAUUCAUUCAUUCAUUCAUGCAUUCAUUCAUUCAUUCAUUCAUUCAUGCAUUCAUUCAUUCAUUCAUUCAUGCAUUCAUUCAUU